CCCUUUUCUUGCAACUCAUUUUUCUGGAUUUUCUCCCUUCUGACUCGGGACCAUAUCCCUUUUCUCUCUCUCUCUCUGAAAAAGGAAACAACCAUCUGUAUUCUCUUACCACUAUUUGUUACUAUCAUCAUCUUUAAUUUGCACACUGUGUAUUUCCUUUCUAUGGUAAUAUCAUUAUUCUCCACUUUAUACACAAAUUAAACACACAUUUCUGAAGUUAAAUGGCAUGCAAGAAGUUAGGAUUCAAGUCUGAGGUUUUUCAUCUUGAUGGCCAAUCAUGGAUCUGCUCUACAGGACUUCCGAGUGAUGUUGUUGUUGAAGUUGGAGACACAUCCUUUCAUCUACAUAAGUUUCCCUUGUUGUCUAGAAGCAGGCUCUUAGAGAAGCUUAUACAAGAUUCUUCUGAACAGGAGAAGAAUGAGAAACUUUGUGUUUUGCAUCUUCACGGGAUACCUGGUAGAGCAAAAGCAUUCUUGAAAGUCGCCAAGUUCUGUUAUGGCGUCAAGAUGGAACUCACAGCGCGCAAUGUUGUCAGCCUUAGAUGUGCAGCCGAAUAUCUUCAGAUGAAUGAAGAUUAUGGAGAAGGAAACCUCAUUGCACAGACAGAGAGUUUUCUCAUUGAAGUUUUUGGUUUUUGGACGGACACUUUUAAAGCCUUAGAGACAUGCGAAGAUGUUCUUCCAUGGGCGGAAGAGCUUCACAUUGUCUCAAGGUGCAUAGAUUCCCUGUCAACGAAAGCGUGUGCUGACCCAACUUUACUAAGUUGGCCUGUGGCUGGUCAGAGCCAAGAUGAUGCUUUUGCUUGGAAUGGAAUACAUGCAAGUGGUGCGGCUUCUAAACAAUGUCCGCUGAAUGAGGACUGGUGGUAUGAAGAUGUGUCCUUCCUUAAACAGCAUAUUUAUAGAAAACUAAUCCUUGCUGUUAGUGCUAGGGGCAUGACACCGGAGAGAAUCGCUGGUUCCCUAAUUUUCUAUGCUAAGAAACACCUUCCUCUUAACGGUAGGCAAUCAAAUUUCCAGAAACACAAUGGUGCAGUUCCAGGAUCAACCCUUCCUGCUGCAUCUGAUGCAGAUCAAAGGACUCUUCUUGAAGAGAUUGUGGCGUUACUACCCGAGCAAAAGGGCUUCAUACCUACCAAGUUUCUGCUUAGGCUUCUUAAAACAUCAAUGAUCCUAGAUGCUAGUAAAUCAUCCCGAGAGAAUCUGGAGAGAAGGGUUGGGGCUCAGUUAGAUGAAGCAGCUUUAGAAGAUAUUCUCAUACCAAAUAUGGGCCACACUGUGGAGACCCUAUAUGAUAUAGACUGCAUUCAGCGAAUGGUUGAUCACUUCAUGAUGGCUGAUCAGGACGAAAUUGAACCUACCUCCAAUGAACUGAUAAAUGAAGGCCAGUUAGUUGGAGGAUCGCACUCACUAGCCCCGCUGACAAUUGUAGCUAAUCUUGUAGACGGCUACCUCGCAGAAGUGGCGCCUGAUACUAACUUGAAGUUAACUAAAUUUAACGCGCUAGCUUCAGCAAUCCCAGGGUAUGCCAGACCAUUGGAUGAUGGUAUCUACCGUGCAAUUGACAUAUACCUCAAGGCACAUUCCUGGCUGACGGGGUCGGAGAGGGAACAACUUUGCAGGGUCAUGAACUGCCAGAAGCUGUCCUUAGAAGCAAGUACUCAUGCAGCACAGAACGAAAGACUACCUCUACGAGUUAUUGUCCAAGUUCUAUUCUUUGAGCAACUCCGGCUCCGCACUUCUGUGGCUGGUUGGCUCUUUGUCUCAGACAACCUUGACAAUUCACAAAGCCUGAGUGGUAAUUUAGUCAUUGAAGGCACCAGGGCGGACCAACUUGUGACAUUUGAUGACAUGAGAGAUCGAGUUCGUUCACUUGAGAAAGAGUGCUUGAACAUGAAA